CAGCCAUCAUAGUGUUCACUAUUGUGUGCGGCUGAGGGAAGAAGAGAAAAAGGAGGGAGCAGAGGGGGGAAAGAAAACCUGUCUCUUUGUGUGGCAAGGACUCAGCAGGAAAGUGAUUUUGUAAUUAUUUGAGUUUGCCACCAAAAGCAAGGCUCUUCCCCCUGAUCUGCGACAGCGUCUCGUCCACUCUAUGCGCCACCGCUGCCUUACACAAGAGCCACAUAUGAGUGUGCUUCUCAGGCCGGCAAACAGCGACACCCGGGCUUCUCCUGAUGAUGAGAGCCGACGUCAGACUGGUUUCCAUGAAUAUUGAUGUGGAGGAUAGUCUGUUUCAUAGAAGAACAGAAGGAGGCAAGAUGGCUGCCCUUUAGGAUUUGUUAAAGAGGAGAUCCAGACGGUUUGUUGGAAUUUCUACAAAGUGGAGGGACGCAAAAAGGAGGACGGACAGAGGGCAGCCCUGUGUAUGGACUCUGAGCAGCCCAGAUGGAAACAGAACAGGCCAGACAUGAGCCGGAAGAAAGUCUGAUAUUAGCACAAUUUGGCACAUCUCACAACAUCUCUCACAAACUUCAGAAUGGAGGCCAGUCUUCAGAGGGAGAUUCUCUGCAGAUCACUGGGGAUACGAACUGGAACCAUUACAAGACCAACACGGGUGCCAACACCAUGAAGAGGCACCGGGACAACUGCAACAACUCCACUUCGGAACAAGGGCUGUUCGAUCAAGAAUCCUACAUGAUGAAUGGAGAAGUGAUGAACGGAGAGUUAAAGCAUGCACUCACUGAGCAGUACCACCAGUCUAAGAAAAUGAAAGUAGAUUCUGAGAUUAAAGGAAAUAAUGACAUGAGCUCCAGUUUGGUGGCCAACUUUCCUGAGUUGACCAAGGCAACAGAAUUUGAAUGCGGUUCCCCACAGACAGAAAUUAAGUUAGAUAAGAGGAAUUGUAACUUUCCUAAUGGAGAUAUUUUCUGCCUACCAAGGAAUAAACAAGUUCCAAAUGGUGCUGUAUCCCCAAACUCAACCAUAGAAAGCACUCCGGGUGAUCUGUUAGAGAAAACUUUGUCUCAGUAUUAUCCUGAGCAAGUGUCAAUUGCACCACAAACAUCUGUGUCACAACUAGGUGCUGUUAAUGAUUCACUGGUCAAUAAGUUGUCCAGUGAUGGUGCUCAAACAACCUCUUUAACCUCAGGACUACCCAGUUCAGCACAGAUGCCUGACUCACAGCAACAGCAGCCUGGAGCAUCUGGAAAUGCUGAAGGAGGCAACAAUUAUAACUCUGUCAACUAUGUUGUGAAUGGAUAUUCCAACGAUUUUGGAGCAGACCACCAGCAGCAACAACAACAGCAGCAGCAGCCAGCAUCUUAUUCUGGUCAGGAGCUGGCUCUAGGACAGCUGCCAGGCACGAUCCCAUCAACAAAUAAUGGCAAUGGCUCGCAACAACAUCCAAAUGGUGCACACUGUUAUCCAGAUGACAUAAAUCCUCAAGGUAUAUAUGCGAAAGCCCACCAUGAGUUUAACCACAGCUCUUUUCUGGAGUGCAGUAACCCCCUACAGGCAGCAGAGGCAGGUGAAUAUGGAUCGUUUCCCAGCUCUGGGAUACAGAAGAUGGGGCAAAGUGAGAAACCUGGAUCUGGUCAACAUCCACACCAUGGCACUGACAGGGACCUCCAGUAUGGGAUCCAACCCCAGAACUUUCAAGAAAAGGCUGGGGACCCACAUAGAGCUGACAGUACAGGAGUCAUGGGGCCCAAUCUCCAACAGCGACAUCAUGCUGGGUUACAAAAUGGGAGGGAGAACAUGUCUCAGCAGAGAGCCAACUUAACACGUUCGACUCCCAACCAGACAGGCUGGAUAGAUAUGAAUUCUUCACAUUCCCAGCAUCGACCAGCAAGCGGCCCAUCGUCUCAGGCGCAAGAGCAGGACAUGUGGAGGGGCUUCCCUGCUAAGCCUCAGUCAGAACAGCAGACAGCCAACCCCCAGGUUCACAGCCAGAUGUUGCAGCCAAACCCAGCGCAACGAUUCCAGACACAGGGAGUUUUCACAGAUAGCAGCCAGGGGUCUAACAGCUUCCAGAAGACUCAGCAGGACUGUCUACCACCCAAAACGCACUGUGCUCCAGCCCAGCACAAUACUGCCCCUGAGUGGCAGCAAUCAAAUUCGAAAGCACCUCAAAUGCAGCAGUCUCUACCCCAGAAAAUGCCUGAGCAGCUUAACUUCCCUCAAAAUCAGCAGGCAGACAGCCGCUACCACUCCCAGAUGCAGUCAGAGCACUUAUGUGAAGACACUGACCUCCAGGAUAUACUUUCCCCUGGAUUUUUGCCAGCCCAGCAACAGCAGCAGCAACAACAGCAAUGUCAUCUUCAACGUCCACUGUCCCACCCACCACAAUUUGAAGGGCAGCCAAUUAAGUCUCCCAGUUACAGACCCCACAGUCAGCCUCAGCCAGGUCAGCAGCAGCUUCUACCCAACCAGCCUCUGAGAAACAAUUCUGCUCAAACCCACAACCAACACAUCCAGCACAGCGACCAUGCAACAUUUACUUACAAUAACACGUCAGAGAUGCAACAACCACAACAACAUCAAAGGCAAUAUCCACUGAACUCAGGCAGUAGUAACCUCAAGCAAUUUCAGCCACAACAACCUGACAACCACUGCCACCAGCCCAACCACGUGGACUUUCCCCAGACCUCUACACAGUCACAACCUCAUUUACCACAAGGUGCGUUAAAACAACAGGUGACAACACAGAUGUAUCCCAAAGCUGAACAGCAGCUGACAACAUCUUGCACUCAGUUCCAAAGGGGACCACGACUACCUCUGGGACCAGUAGGUCCCCACGUAGACUUUCAGAGGCAUGCAGCCCUGCGAAUGCACUUGUUACAAAGGCAGGAACGCCAGGGCCCUCCUCAUCCCCCUCAGAGCUCUGGUGACCCCAAGCUUCUGAUGAGAGCUGUGAAAAUGGAAAACGGACCCAGAUUUGAGCUGCCUGGUUCACAGCAGCAGGAGCAGCAGUUACAGAUGCGAGAGGCAGGCAUCGGCGGAGUGCAAGUCAAGCAAGAAAGCAAACAGUCCCUGUGCGAGCAAAGCAAGAAGCAGGGGAGUAUCCUGGCCUCUAUGGAACAAAGUCUGAGGAUGUACCAGAUUUCACCUGUGUUUGAGAAGAAAUCCCUUGUCAUCAAUUCAUCAAAUAGGGUCAAGGUGGAAUCCUCUGGGCCUGUCACAAUCCUGUCAACCAACGCUGAUAUAGGUGGAGUAGAAUCAUCAGCAGGUGCCUCGUCCACUGUAGCAUUAAAAAAAACACCUGAUUCCACCCCUAAGAAGGAACAACUCUUACAAAGUUUUAUGGAAUCUCCUAUGAAGCUAUUGGACACCCCUAUAAAAAAUCUUUUGGAUACUCCCAUGAAAACGCAAUAUGACAUCGCAUCCUGCCACUGCUUUGAACAAAUCUGUGAAAAGGAUGAAGGCCCAUACUACACUCAUCUGGGGUCAGCGCCUAGUGUAGCUGGUAUACGGGAGAUGAUGGAGAAAAGGUCUGGCCUGACUGGUAGAGCCAUCAGAAUUGAGAAAGUAAUAUACACCGGCAAGGAAGGAAAAAGUACACAAGGUUGCCCCAUAGCUAAAUGGGUGAUUCGUCGAGGCAGCAAAGACGAAAAGCUGCUGGUGUUGGUGCGGGAACGUACCGGUCAUAGAUGUGACACGGCUUGCAUCAUUGUUGUAAUCUUGGUCUGGGAAGGCAUCCUGCCCAGUCUGGCUGACCGCCUCUACCUCGAGCUUAGUGAAACUCUAACAAAACAUGGAGCCCACACCCAGAGACGCUGUGCUCUCAAUGAGGAGAGGACCUGUGCAUGCCAGGGAUUAGAUCCUGAAGCGUCUGGAGCAUCUUUCUCCUUUGGAUGCUCAUGGAGCAUGUACUACAACGGCUGCAAAUUUGCUCGGAGUAAAAUCCCAAGAAAAUUCAAGCUACUUGGAGAUGAUGUGAAAGAGGAAGAGAAAAUUGAGCACAACUUUCAAAAUCUGGCAACCUUACUGGCUCCUUUGUAUAAAACGAUGGCACCUGAAGCUUAUGAAAACCAGGUGGAACAUGAACACAGGGCACCAGAUUGCCGUCUCGGGCUCAAGGAGGGCCGACCCUUCUCUGGUGUCACUGCUUGUAUGGACUUCUGCGCCCACGCUCACAGAGACCUUCACAACAUGCAAGGUGGCAGCACUGUGGUGUGUACAUUGACAAGGGAGGAUAACCGAGAGAUUGGAAAGAUACCAGAGGAUGAACAGCUCCACGUCUUGCCUCUUUACAAGGCUUCCAGCACUGAUGAGUUCGGCAGUGUGGAAGGUCAGCAGGAGAAAAUAAAGUCAGGGGCCAUCCAAGUACUCAGUGCCUUCCGCCGCCAGGUGCGCAUGCUUGCAGAACCCGCCAAGUCUUGCCGGCAAAAGAAGCUGGAUGCUAAGAAGGCAGCUGCCAACAAGAAUGCUAUGCUGGACAGUUCUAAUGAUAAGGCAGAGAAGGCCCUCCUGGCCAAGUCAAAAGCUAGCACUUACGAGAAUACUCUUCAGAGCACUCCUAUGGCAGGACCUAUUCCAGGUGCUGUGGGAGCAACCCUACAGUUGGGUCAGCCACCACAUCCCCUUGGGGCCCAUCCUCAGCAACUACAGCAACAACAGCACCAGGGAAUUCUUCCUCCUUAUCCUGGCUCAACAAAUGCUGCCUUCGCCAGGUUGCCCAACCAUCCUGGGUCUUUUCCAAGCACUUCCAAGCCAGGCAGCAUGUAUCCCCUUCAGCCACCAACACCAGCCAGCCCCUACCCUUCCCCACUUCAUGUACCAAACUCUUACAUGAAUGGAUCAAAUCGUCCAUAUCCAGGUUAUCAGUGUAAUGGAGGAAUGCCCCUUGACAAUUACCAUCCAUACUAUGCUUCAAACCCAAAGCACCUGGACAUAUAUCGACAACAGCGGCCAACACUUUACCCAGAGCAGCGGUAUGGUGUACAUCAACGAUAUGAGGUCAAUUAUACACCAAGGUAUGGUGAACCUGGUUUACAGGUCAAUGGUUACAAUGGCAGCAGUAUGAGACCAGUUCACCCCAUGAGACCCUAUGGCCCUUAUGGUCCUGACAGGGUCUCAGACAACCAGUUUAUGGACCCCCUCUCAAGAGCACCUUCAGCCCAUGGAGGCCUAGAUUAUACAGCUGUUGUGAGCAAAGGCAAUCAGUUUGGAGAAUAUCCAAAUCCAUACCUGUCUCAGAGCCCUCAAAUCAUACCCCCAGGCCAAGAUCCUUUCCAUAUGCAAAUCAAGACAGAGAUGGGUAUGCCUGGCCCACAGAUGCUUUCUGGUCAGCUGAGUGGUGGGUGUUUAAAUCCUGAAACACAGUCUCGGUUAGGUCUGCCUAAUGGAAGUCUCAUGGGCUCCAGUGUUAAACAGGAGCCUGGAACACCACAGACACCUACCACCCCACAAAAGCCCGAGAUGUGGUCAGACAAUGAGCACAAUUUCUUGGACCCUGACAUCGGUGGUGUGGCAGUGGCACCUAGCCAUGGCUCUGUCCUUAUUGAGUGUGCAAAACGGGAGCUCCAUGCCACAACGCCCCUCAAAUACCCGGAUCGUCAACACCCAACACGCAUCUCCUUAGUGUUCUACCAGCACAAAAAUCUGAAUGAGGCCAAACAUGGUUUGGCACAGUGGGAAGCUAAGAUGGCAGAAAAGGCUCGAGAGAAGGAGGAAGAAGCAGAGAGGAAUGGUGGUGAGGGGACACCUAGCAAGGGCAGCAAGAAAGGGGUGAAGCGUGAGCAUCCUGAGUCAUCAGAAACCACAGGGGAGCCUCCAUACAAGCGUUUUAUCAAGGCACUAAUGGAGGGGUCCUUGUCAUGCACAACGAACACAUAUGUCAGUACAUCUCCGUAUGCCUUCACCAAGGUCACAGGGCCUUACAGUCAGUUUGUGUAGAAAAAACUCAUUAAGAAGAUCUCAACGGUGCUUAAUCUCUGACAAAAAGACCACAGGCACCAGUGCCCUCUCAUCAGCCUCAUGUUGAGCAGUGAAAGGAAUCUGUUUUCAGAUGAGAUAUAAAUCACCUUUCACAUCAGGUUUUUCACCUCUUUAACAAUCAAGCUUUACUAGUUGACCCUACUAAGGAUGUAUUUAUUAGCAAGAUACACAAAAUCUCUGGUGCUUUCAGUCUGAUACAUAAGGAUCUAUUUUAGCUGGAAACAAAGUUUCAGUUUUGGUGGCUUUAUUUUUCUUACAAAUUUUGGAUACGUAAUCUUGGCUUCAAACACUGAUUUUGUAAGUGACAACAUUCACGGUGCUAAAGUGUGUGCUUAUUACCAUAGAUUUUUAUUCAAAUGCCUUCACACUAUAACCACAACACACUCUACGAGUGACACUCGAUUACUUACGACACCGGGACACUGAAAAUAUCAUCCACCGGUCUAAUCAUCAGUGUUACAGUGGUUUUUGGCAAGUCAGUGUUUCAUAAAGCACUUUUUUGAUGAGAGUUAAAUGUUUGGGGGAAAAAAAGUUUUGUUAAUUUUAAAUCAUGAAAUCUCUUUAUACUGUAUUGCUGCAUUGACAGUAAUUCAUUUCUAAGCAUCACUAUAGUUACAUUCAUGAAUUUAUAACGGGAUUGUUUGAGCAGUCCAUGAAACUGUUUUAAGUUCAUGCAAAACAAUUUUUUAAGAACUAGCGUUAUGUUGGUGCUUUUUUCACUUACCUAUGUCACUUAUACUGUAAAUUGAGCCAUUCUUAUGGUGCAUUUUUAACAUUUUGAGAAAAAAAAAAUCUAUGUUUGUUUUAUUUUAGUUUUUUCCAGGUUUACUUUGUUGUCACCAACUGUUUUUAAUGUUCCUCACUGCAGGUUCAUUGAACAACCCUGGAUUGUGAAUAUUACAUGUAGUUUUAUGUCUGUGGUGCUUAGUAAAUGUGCUUUUUAUACACUGAGGAACAUGAAACAGGGUAAGCUCAGUGUCAUUUUCUGAGGGCAGCUGGCUUGCUGUGGGGUCUAACUAUUGUAAUCUAACUGUAAGAUAAACAUGUGAGAUUUGUACAGUAAAUUAAUUUCCCUUUUUGGAAUUACUGUUAUAGAUUUUGUGUUGUAAAGAAUGCUAACAGCCUAUUUCAUUGUAUUUCUUUGGGUUUCAACUGAUUUUAUUUCAUAAGGUGCUAUUCAGCCUACUAGAAACAUACAAUGUGAGACUCUUUGGGCAGUGAAAAGGCUUUUAAAUAAUGUACAGUACAAACCAGUCAUAUACCUCAAAAUUAGUUUGGCAAUAGGAUUAUAACAUAUUUUUCUUUCUUCAUUUGUAUAUUACUUUCAAAAUGUUAAUAACAGUUAAACUUCAGGCCACCAAAAGGCAUAAAAGUUCAUCGCUUACUUUCUUAUCAAUCUGCUAGAAAGUAUUACUUGAACUUGAAUCUUUGAUAUUACUGUAAAAUCAGGGACAUUUUCAACUAAUUGUGUGUACAUCUUUAAUGCCUGUAUUCAUCUUGUCUUUUUCACAUUCAGGGACUUGCCAUUGCAUCCUGAAUCCCAAUACGAUUCUUGUCAACCAUUACUUCACACAGACGAAAAUUAUUUUAUGAGUAAAAAGAUACUUAGUUUUUCUUUUAAACUUUUAUUUUAGCUAGUAGGACGGUGGUAAUCUUUUAAAAGUAAUCUGAACAUAUAUGCACUGAGUUAACUAAAGGGAAUGAUAUUGGCUACGUGAAAAGCAAUCUGUUUGCUUUUGCUAUGAGGCAAGACCAGGGCAGUGAUUAUUGUAGUUGCACAUCUUGUGCCUGUGUAUAGUUAAAUUUAUUUAUAACCACUAAGCAAUUGUAUAAUGAUUUCUCCCCUCUUGAUUUGAAUUAAUGCGAUAUAUAUAAUUGAAUGACAUUAUGUUAUAGCAACAACUCACCCCUCUCUUCUACAUAUUCAUUCUCUUAAAGCACUUCAUUUCUUCUUCAGGUAAAAAAAAAAAAAUGUAAUAAAGAAUUACAAAACGUUUUAUUUAAACAGAAUGUAAAUGUGUUAAAAAUAAAUUAUGUCACAUUGUACAUACCAAGAAUUUGUAUUGCAGGAGUGUAACUCAUUCUUUGAUGUUGAUGUAGGUUCUUUUUGUUCUGUCAAAUCGACCCACAGCUCCUCAUAUAUCAUAUCUUUAAAAAUCAUUUUGGCUUUUUCGGGUUAACAGAAUGAUGAUGAUGAUUAGAUUAUCUAGGAAGCUUUUUGUAAAUAUUACACUCACUGUCACAGCAACGUUUACAGUUAUAGUAUCAUGAUAGCUCAGUCAUUAGAAGUUCUAGUUUUUUUUUAACUGUUUUGUAAAAUAACUCUACAAACAAAAACGUUGAAUUUCGUUGUAUAGGACCCAGCUACAGUAGCAGGUUGUCGUUGAGAAAGCCAAGGUGUCGUAAGAUAUAGCGGGUUAAAAGCAUAGCCAUACUUGAAGAUGCUUCAGAGUGUUUCUGAGUGAGUCAACAUUACUUGAAUGACUUUGUGGGCUUAACUAGGGCACUACACGUGCUCGACUCAAAGGUUAAGCUAGCAGUUACAUACACACUUGGUCUUUUUGCAGUUAGACACUAAAGGUUUUUUAAAAAAUGUGCAACUUUUUGCCUGUCAAUUUACUUUUUAAGGCUUCCCUAGUUCUCCUGAAGUUUGGUAUGCUACAAAAAAUUGAAUUAAGGAUGGGUAUUAAUACUGUAAGUAUUGUAAUGUACUGAAUGCAGUUUAUUUGAAAGCUGUUUAUUAUAUCAUUCCUGAUAUUGCUGAUAUGUGGGUGUUUUUUUUUUUUAAUAAAAUUUAUAUUUAUUUAAAGCAA